UGCAGGAUGGAAAAGCCGAUGAUGCUGCUGUCGCUGGACGCACAGGGCAGGGCGAGGCAAGUGUGUCGCCCCCGCUUCCCGCUGUCCGGGGACGGAGCGCCGGCCGGGAGCGCCGGCAGGGCAGGGGCUGCCCCCCCGCCGCUCUCCUCCGUCUACAUGUGGGGCAGCGGGACGCUGGCGCCCGUCAAGCUGGCCAUGCCCAACACGGAGGUGCUGCAGGUGGCGGUGGGGCGCACGCAGAGGGCCGGCGUCAUGCGCAGCGGCAGGCUCAUCGUCUGGGAGGCCUCUCCGGGCACGGUGGGCGACGCUGCCCUCCCCGGCUCGGUUGGCAGCGUCCAGCCCCAGCUCGUGUCGCGCUUCCUGGAGGGCCAGUCCGGGGUCACCAUUCAGCACGUCUCCUGCGGCGACCUCUUCACCGCAUGCCUCACCGACAGGGGGAUCCUCAUGACCUACGGCAGCGGCAGCAGCGGCUGCCUUGGCCACGGCAGCUACAGCGACGUCGCACAGCCCAAGAUUGUGGAAGCGCUGCUGGGCUACGAGAUUACCCAGAUGUCCUGCGGGAUGUCGCACGUCCUGGCGGUGAGCAAUGAGCAAGAGGUGUUUGCCUGGGGCAGAGGAGACAACGGGCGCCUCGGGUUGGGCAAUCAGGAGCUCCACCUGUGCCCGCAGCCGGUGGCCGUCCCUCCGCCCUACGAGCCGUGCACCGCGCACUGCGGCAUCGACUGCUCCAACGUCACCUCCAGCGGCAGGCUCCUGGCCUGCGGCAGCAACCGGUACAACAAACUGGGCCUGGAUAAGAUCUCGCACGACGGCGACGACGCCGCGUGCCCCGCGGAGCAGACGGAGGAGUCGCUGGUGCUCUCGCCGGUGCAGUCCAGCCCGCUGGAUGGUGCCCGGGUGGUCCACGUGGCGCUGGGCACCGCUCACUCCGUCGCCGUCACAGACACGGGCACGUGCUACACGUUUGGAAGCAACCAGCACGGGCAGCUUGGCGGGGGAGCUCGCACGAGCAGCCGGGCGCCGCAGCCGGUGGACGGGCUCGGCGGGGUGAAGGUGGUGCAGGUCACGUGCGGCGACGCCUUCACCGUGGCCGUCGCCGAAGACUGGGCCCACCGCUGUAGGAAUGGGGAAUUUCCACCACCGGCAAUGGAGAUGAGCACUCAAGCAAUGCUCCCUUGUCUCGCUGAAACAUCCCCCGCUCGAGGGCAAGUGUUCACGUGGGGGAAGGCCGCGCGGGGGAGGCUGGGCCGGACCGACGGCGAGGCCUGCGUCCCUGGGCCCGUGCAGCUCCAAGAGACGUUCCCCUACGCGGUCACCUCCGUGUCCAGCCGGCACGGUAUAAGGACCGGUCGCUGUGUUCCUUACAGCCCGGGCAUACGCACCUGUGAGAUCUCAGCCUGGUGCCCUGUGGAGAAGGCCACGGCCCCACGGAGGCCGGUGCUCGCCGGGGCUGAGAAUUUCACAGUCUUCAUCAAGAACACAAUCAGGUUCCCCAAGUUUGACUUCAGCAAGCGUAACGUGCUGGAGCGCGCCGAGGCGGACUACCUGAAGCGCUGCCGCUACAGCGCCACGGCCGCCCCCUACUGCCCGAUCUUCCGCCUGGGCCAGCUGGUGCGCGCAGCCGGGGAGGACUUCCACAGCCUCGCCGUGGAGGGUGGCGUUAUUGGGGUUCAGAUCGAGUGGAGCUGUAACCUGGACCGCCCAGCGAGUGAGUGCCACCCCGUCUACUCCUUCAACCGCCUCGACGCAGCGCGACCCCACCUCAAUGCCUCCUCUUCCUCCUCGGGGUACAACUUCAGAUUCGCCAAAUACUACCGGCAGGCGGACGGCGGUGAGCAGCGGAAGCUCUUCAAGGUCUACGGCAUCCGCUUUGACGUCCUGGUGUUCGGCAAGGCGGGCAGGUUCAGCAUCGUUCCCACGGCCGUGAACGUGGGAUCAGGCCUGGCCCUGCUCGGAGCGGGGGCGUUUUUCUGUGACCUGGUGCUGCUGUACCUGAGCAAGCGGAGCCCCUUCUAUCGGGAAAAGAAAUACGAGGAAGCCAGGUUUCAGAGAGGAGAGAGCGUGCAGAUGGGGAUGAAGCGAGACUCUGUCACCAUCGCUACCAUCAUCUGAUGGCGGGAGCGCGCGCUCACACACACACGGCUGCCGUUCGCCGCCGAGUGACGGUGCCAUCAUCCGCGCCACGUGGGCCAGGCUAGGUGCACUUUGAGGCCGUCACGUGAAUGCAAAAGUGUGGAAGGCUAGCUGCAGGCAAGAAGGUCGUGGGACAGACCCAGGUGUUGUUGUGAGUUAACCAACAUAAACGUCUGGCAGGUGCACCACCCGUGCUCCCCACUGCGCCAACUUGCUGCGAUUUAGGCGCCCGGCAUUCCACUCGUUAUUGUGAGGGUCGCUGCUCUGCCCUCUGUUGUGGGUGGAGGGCAAUUGCGUUGCAGCUGCCCAGUAGUGUCCUUCAUGAGCCUCCUCCACAGAGGCCGAUCUUGACAACGCUGGUACCAGUUAUCUACAAAUCGAAUCAGCUCCACAUCCUCCUGUACCGCAUCAAUCCAUCUCUUCUCCAGCUCAUGCCACCGCGGUUAUUUUGCCCCCUCCAUCUGGCCAAACAGCUGCUGCUUGGCCAUGUGGUGGCUGGGCAUGCGGGCUACAUGACCGCGCAAACGCAGCCUCGCCUCUCAGAGGAGCUCACUGAUGAUGGGGACUGUGACCGGAUCUUUCAAAGAUCUGAGUUCCUCACACAAUUCAGUCUGGUUAAUCUAGGAUGGAUCGUAGGCAGGCCAGCCUAAUUGUUUAAAACCAGCGCAAAUGCUCCUCUAAAGGGCUCCACGUUUCGCAAGCAUAGCGAAGGGAGGGCAUAACGCUCAUACACACACGCACACAUGCAUUUAUAAAGAUACACAAAAUAUCAUACAGAAACAAAGCAUUGUACAUGUACACACAAAUGAUUGCCUGUGUAGCCUUAUAGACUGUGCAGACAAGUGUUAGUGAGGACCUAUUAAGACCAGCGUGACAUGCAAGGAGGGUGGUGAGGCCAGCACCAUGCUUGGCCGCCUUUGUCUCUCCAGUGUUGUUGUUUACACACCUCACCAGUUAAUCACUCGAGGCCAAGCCAAUCUAGGAGACCCAGGACCGGUUCAGAUAAUUGUCAUCAUUAUUGAUCAUGAGCGGGACUCGAACUCGGGUCGCCGGGUUCGUAGCGCA